AGGAUACGGACGCGCGAACGAAUCGAAUAUUGCGGAACAGUUUCAAAAACAAGAGCACAGUUGAAUAAAAGGAUAUUUGUAAAAGGAUUGUUGUUUAUGGACUUUUUAAUUUAUAUUGCAGUGAUUGGUUUUAAAUAUUGGUGCAACGAUAUGUGGUUUACGAGAUCUACUUAUCUGCCUGCAGGAGAUGGGCCGUAUCUUCCGGGUUGUAUAGAUGUUAUGACGGAUUACUCUCGUGAUGGUUGUUUCUUCAGAUUAUAUUAUCCAUCAGCAAUUAAUAAACAAGAGGCUUUGCAGAAUCCUAAAACCAAAUGGAUGGCUUGGUGUCCGGACAUCCAAUACAUCGAUGGAUUCGCAAGAGUUAUCUUAUUGUGGAGUUACAUAUUCAAAUUAUGGAUUUGGUUAAAAUCAGGUCUGACAUAUGUGCGAACUCUUUAUGGUGUUCCUAUCUCAAAAUCUUGUGGCGAAAAACUCAAAGUUCUAGUCUUUUCACAUGGUCUUGGAGGAUCCCGGUUUUUCUACAGUACCGUCUGCAAUGACAUGGCUUCCAGGGGAUACAUCGUGGCGGCUGUAGAACAUCGAGACCGAUCCGCCUGCGCCACGUACCACUAUGAAGACCCCAAGGCGCGUGCUACUGGUCAACGGACGUGGCUGCCGUACAGGUACGUGAGUUUUGGCAGUGGUCACUACGACAUCCGAAACCAACAAGUAAAGCAAAGAGCCCAAGAAGUACAGCAAUGCAUAGAUAUGUUGCAGAAAAUAAAUAACGGAGAAAACGUAAUAAAUAUCAUGGAGCGAGAAAAAGAUAAUAUGAAACUUUUGGAUUUUAAAGGCAUUCUUGAUAUGUCGCAACUUGCUGUAAUGGGACAAUCAUUUGGAGCCGCGACCAGCCUUUUGGUAUUGGCUAACGACAAAAGAGUCAAAUCAGGAGUUAUCCUUGAUGCUUGGAUGUUUCCACUAAAGGAUAUGAAAGCCUUACCGGAGCGUGUCACCCAGCCAAUGAUUUUCAUCAAUACGCAAACAUUUCAUAUAGCCAGUAAUCUGGCUGUGAUGGAAAAAUUCACGCAAAACAGCAAAGAAGCGGAAAGAAUUGUGUACACAAUCAAACAUACUACACAUGAGAAUCAAAUAGACACACCAUUUAUCGUUGGAUACUGGCUAAAAUGGUUCAUGACUAAAUUGAAGCCAAUAGAGGCCCUCAGGAUAAACAAUUGUUUAAUACUACGAUUUUUAGACAAACACGUCGGAGUUCCAGCAGAUAUUACUGACGUCAACAAACAUCUUGCAGAACAAAUCGACAAUUACGAAGAAGGUGACACAAAGCCAUGGCACAGUGUUGGUGCUAUACUAUAA